AUGGGCUCAAAUGGACCAUCGAUUACUCCAUUGUUUGAUAGCUUCAAAAUGGAGAGAGUUAGGACAAUUUUGACUCAUAAAUACCCUUACCCACAUGAACAUUCGCGGCAUGCCAUGACAGCGGUCAUCGUGGGGUGUCUGUUCUUCAUUUCCUCUGAUAAUCUGCAUACAUUAAUACAGAAGUUAGACAGCAACAUCAAGUGGUGGUCAAUGUACGGGUGCCUUAUUGGCUUCUUGUACUUCUUCUCGUCUCCAUUUAUUGGAAAGACUAUCAAACCGAGCUACUCCAACUUUAGUCGAUGGUAUGUAUCUUUCGCAUCCCUUGGAUAAAUUAAUUAAUAUCACACUGGGCCGAAUGAAAACUGAUAUUUUCUGGGAAAUCUUAGCUGGAGUGCCACUUUUAUUAAGGGAUUAUGUUAUUUUUGUUUCAGGUACGUUGCUUGGAUCUUCAUUGCAGCUCUUUAUCACCUUCCAAGUUUUCAGUCGAUGGGUGUAGACAUGAGGAUGAACCUAUCGUUAUUCCUCACUAUAUACAUUUCAUCGGUUAUAUUUCUACUAGUUUUCCACAUUCUGUUUCUUGGUCUCUGGUAUAUUGGACUUGUAGCCCGUGUUGCAGGAAAACGACCUGAAAUUCUUACUAUUCUCCAAAAUUGUGCAGUAAGUGCUUGGGACAUGGCUGGCACACGUAAAAGUUGUUUUUUUAAUCUCAUUUUCAAUAUUUUUUUGAACAACCUCCUCUGACUUUUGCUCGCUUGUCGCUCAUCUGCAGGUGAUAAGUGUUGCAUGCUGUGUAUUUUACAGCCACUGUGGCAACCGUGCCCUUGUAAGAGAAAAGUCAUUUGAGAGGAGGAGCUCAGGUUGGUUUUCUUUUUCUGUAUUGAAGGAAGAUAUUAGCCCAUGGAUAUCAAAGAUCCUCCGCAUGCAUGAGUUCAAGGAUCAGAUUUGCUCAUCAUGGUUUGCUCCGGUGGGAUCUGCCAGUGAUUAUCCGCUCUUAUCGAAAUGGGUCAUUUAUGGGGAGGUAUGCCUGCAGUAGUGACGUUGAUCUCAUUUGAAUUUUUUUUGUCUUUCAGCAUUCGUGAUACUUUCUUGUCUGUUCAUUGUGUUUUCUUUUCCAAAACUGAUUUUUUUCUUCUUUCAGUUAGUUUGUAGCGGAUCCUGCUCUGGCCCAUCAGAUGAAAUAUCCCCACUUUAUUCACUUUGGGCAACAUUCAUAGGCCUUUACAUCGCCAAUUAUGUGGUGGAGAGGUCUUCAGGGUAUGCAUAUUUCACCUCUGAAUGCAUAGAUUAGGGUUUACUCAUCUUUAGAAGAAAGUCAUGUCCUGUCCACUCUAAACCAUUUUGGAGGUCGUUGAUUAGAUACUCCAUUCGGAUAUCAUGCCACUUGGUGAAUGUUCAAUUGUUUCAUCAGAAAUUGGGUUCAUAUUUACCUCUGUUUCCUGUUCUACUCGCGAAAUUGAACAGAUGGGCGCUUACACAUCCCUCCUCGAUAUCAGAAAAUGAGAAGCUGAAGAAACAAAUGAAGCCCGACUUUUUGGAUAUGGUUCCCUGGUACUCGGGGUGGGUGCCCAUUAGCACCAUUUUUAGUCCCUUUAUAUUGAUUAUAUGAUCACCUUCUCACAGAUCACGUAUGAAAACAUUUCAGGACAUCAGCCGAUCUAUUUAAGACGGUAUUUGAUCUCUUGGUGUCUGUCACCUUGUUUGUUGGUCGUUUUGAUAUGCGAAUGAUGCAGGUACAUUUCUCCAUACUUGGGGCAAUUUUCAGGUUUUAGAUGUUUAUUGUUCCACAUCUUUCCAAGCCUCUGUUGAUUUCAAUUGUGCCAAACGAAGCAGGCUUUUCAAUCUGGAUGCUUAUCAAUUCAGAUUUCACAGACCUGAACGCCUUCAAAUUUUUUUCUUCCUGAACCAGGCGGCAAUGAGCAAUCUUGAAAACGAAACGAACGAAGGUGACCUUUUAUAUGACCAAUUCAGUGAAAGAGAAGAUUUCUGGUUUGAUUUUAUAGCUGAUACUGGGGAUGGCGGGAAUUCGUCCUACACAGUAGCUAAGCUACUUGCACAGCCUCUUAUCAAGGCCAGGAACAAUGGUUCCACACAUUCUCUGCCACGCGGGCAGCUGCUGCUUAUCGGAGGGGAUCUUGCGUAAGUCAGCUCCAGCUAAUUAAUUUAGUUUCCAUCAGUUAGUCCUAAUUUUGCACUUAAUUAAGCUUUUGUACGCCUUUUUUUGAUUCUUUUCCGUCUUAAACUGCAUACUUAUUCAGAAAUUACUUGUGAAAAAUGGUGCUUCUCAUGAAAUUGGUGGAACUGUGCUCGCAGUCAUCCAGUUCCUAUUUCUUGUGUUGAUUGUAGACUGAUUUUGUUGAGAAAAGAGGGAGGUGCGUUAAUAAAUAACAUGAGGUCCAUGUGGUGGCGUUUUUUUACUUGUUCAUGGCACAGGUAUCCGAAUCCUUCUGCAUUCACAUACGAAAGGCGGCUCUUUUGUCCCUUUGAGAGCGCUCUGCAGCCUCCCUCCUGGUACAGGCCAGAGCAGAUAACAAUUGACAAGCCCGAGCUUCCUGAUGGGGUAGCGGAUCUGAAGAGUUAUGAUGGGCCCCAAUGCUUUAUCAUUCCUGGGAACCAUGGUUUGUGCACCAUUUUUUCAUAUGAUUUUGUGAUUGUUAUCAUGCAUGCUGCUAAGCUCUUAUCAGUUCCUAUGAUUCUUGGAUAAUUAAAAUAUUUCUUGAAAAUAUUUUGCAUUUGCAGAUUGGUUUGAUGGGCUCAAUACUUUCAUAAGAUAUGUAUGCCACAAAAGUUGGUUGGGUGGGUGGAUUCUGCCCCAGAAGAAGAGCUAUUUUGCCUUGCAACUCCCGGGAGGAUGGUGGAUAUUUGGGCUUGACCAGGCUCUCCAUGAAGACAUCGAUGUCUACCAGUUCAAGUUCUUCGCCGACUUGUCGAAAAACAGAGUAAAUCUCAUUUAUUUCUCCUCUUUAAACAUCGAUAUCUAAUUUUUCAUCAGCAUUGUAUUAUAUAAUAUAUAUGGUGUCUGUUCGACCAAAGGCUUUGUUGAGCUCGCCUUCAUAUCAGUUCUCAAGUCGAGCCCUGAUCACAUGUAAAUCGUGGCAAUUCAGUCUGUUUUGGAAACAUGAUUAGAUCUGAUUAUACCUUGUUUAAGUUAAUUUUCCCAAAAAAAUUACAUUUUUUCAUUUAAUCUGUUACAUUAUUCCUCCUGAAUGGACUGGAAUGCUGAAUCAACUCAACACAGGUUGGGGAGAACGACUCGGUGAUUAUCAUGACCCAUGAGCCGAGUUGGCUUCUUGACUGGUACUGGAAUGAAAACACGGGGAAGAAUGUCGCCCACUUGAUACGUGACUACCUCAAAGGAAGAUGCAAGCUUCGUAUGGCUGGGGACUUGCACCACUACAUGCGACACUCUGUGGCUCCUACAGAUGACUCCGCACAUGUGCAGCAUCUGCUGGUCAACGGCUGCGGUGGGGCGUUUCUUCAUCCCACCCAUGUUUUCAAAAAUUUUAGCAAAUUCUAUGGGACGACCUACGACUGCAAGGCCACAUAUCCAUCGUAUGAUGAUUCUAGUCGGGUAAUUCGUCCUCAUUCACUGCCCCAGAUCUUAUGAAGAAGUCCGUUGACUUUUGGAUACCAACCGUUGAAACGACUUGAUGUGUGCAUGAUAUCUGUUGCAGAUCGCAUUGGGUAACAUCCUGAAGUUUCGGAAGAAAAACUGGCAGUUUGAUAUCAUUGGGGGGAUAAUAUACUUCAUAUUAGUCUUCUCAAUGUUUCCUCAGGUGAUAUCACUUUCCAAGGCUUGCCAUAUUCCUGUUGAACUACGUUUCUUUGUGGCGUUUCUAAUCUACUCUCUUAAUGAAUGGUUGCUGGAUUUCCUAUAUUCCUGUCUGAAUGAUCUUUGAUGGCAUAUUUACAAAAAAAAAAACAAAAAAAACUGUAAAUCGUUUAUUUUUCAUGGGCACCACUCUGUGAUGAUUGGUCAACUUUGGACCAAUCUCAGGAUUAGAGGGACAAAAAAUUUCUGGGGUCAUGGGCCCACACCAUAGAUAUGAGAGUUUUAGUCAACCCACAUCACACUGGAGCUUCCUUCUGUAUGUACACCCUAUCAUUGGAUUAUGGCUGUUUUAAAUGAGGUUUCUUUAUGAGAAACUAACGUUUCCUCUGCUCAUUCUCCAGUGUAAGCUUGAUCACAUAUUAAAGGUCGAUUCUCUGUCUGGCCGCCUCAGCAGCUUCUUCAGUACCAUGUGGGCCGCAUUCAUGUACAUGCUGGAGCACUCCUAUGUGUCUUUGACCGGGUAUCUGGCGUUGACCAUAGUAUCAUUUACCUUUGUUCCUUCCAAGAUGGCGGUCAAGAGGCGGGCCAUCAUUGGGGUCCUUCACGUCUCGGCCCAUAUGGCUGCCGCGCUUGUCCUCAUGUUGUUGAUGGAACUGGGCAUCGAGAUGUGCAUACGUCACCGCCUGGUGGCAACUUCGGGUGAGAAGAGUUCACAGUUUUCCUGGUUGACUUUUUUUUUCUCGAUUUCUUUAGAUCAAGGCUGAUUAUAAAAUGACGAUUCAUAUCAUAGACGUAAAAUAUUAGUUAAUUUUCCAUUCUUGAUUGAAACCACCAGGCUAUCACACUCUCUAUGAAUGGUACCGGUCGAUGGAAAGUGAGCACUUCCCGGAUCCGACCGAACUCCGUGCCCGUAUCGAACGGUGGACAUUUGGGCUCUAUCCUGCCUGUAUAAAAUAUAUCAUGUCAUCCUUUGACAUCCCGGAGGUGCAAUCAUCAUCAUCAUUGUUGAAUUUUAUACAUUUUUUUUUCUCUAGUUAAUUAACCUCUUUAUGGAGCUUUUGGCUCUGCUCGGACCCUGCAGGUCAUGGCAGUGACGAGGAGCACCAUCUGUGAGAAAGGGUUCCUCUCUCUCUCUAGAGGCAGCGCCAUCAUAUAUUAUGCCUCUGUGUUCUUGUACUUCUGGGUCUUCUCGACUCCGGUGGUCUCGCUGAUCUUCGGGAGCUACCUGUACAUCUGCAUCAACUGGUUUGGCAUACACUUUGAUGAGGCCUUCUCUUCCCUCCGCAUUGCAAAUUACAAGGCAUUCACCCGUUUCCAUAUCACUCCAGAGGGUGAUCUGGAGGUCUACACGCUCGCCGUUGACAAGGUGAAGAUCCUGUUCAAAUGGGUUUGAAAAAAAAUUGAUCUUUCUCGUGAUUUUAUUCCUGGUUCACAUGGAAUAAAAUCCAUGUGAUGGCUUGGAGUUCUCUUGGAGAUGCAGUUUCUGCCUGAUGGCUGAAACCCAGAUUAGAAUUUUCACAAAGUCCACCAAAUCCGGUUCAGGGGUCUGAAUGUUUCCUAUUUGGUGCCUUCGUUGACUUUUUUGCUCUUAUUUUCAGGUUCCAAAGGAGUGGGAAUUGGACCACCAGUGGGAUGCGGAGCCGAAGGUCCCACUGCAGAUGAGCUAUCUGCGUGAGUUCCCGAGCCAGUGGAGGGCGGCUUCGUCCACCGAUCCUCUCAGCACCGUGAGGGUGGUUGACCAUUUUGUCAUCCGAAGAACUGCUCAAAGUCAACGAAUGGGCACCUCACAGGCCGGCAGCUAG